AUGAUUGUCGACCGUGCUAAUAAUAACUCGCCAGAGGUCACAAAAAUUGCGAGCUGCGAUUUCGUACAGUCAUACAUUUACUUAGGUGCACUGAUAUCGAACACUGGCGGGGGCGUUGAUGAAAUCAAGCGGCGUAUGGCUAUUUCGAGGUCAGCCAUGGACAGGCUGAAGAAAAUAUGGGGGAAUCGAAAUAUCACCAAAGCCACUAAAAUCAGACUUGUAAGAGCGCUGGUCUUCACCAUUUUUCUUUAUGCUGCUGAGACCUGGACAUUGAGAGAAAGUGAGAAAAAGAGGAUAAAAUAUGCUCUCGAAAUGUGGUUCUGGAGAAGAAUGCUGCAAAUAUCGUGGACGGAGUUCAGAACGAAUCAUUUAAUUCUACAGGGACUUGGCAUCAAUUUUUACAUUCCAGACAAAGGUGAAAGCAUAUGGGAUCGGCUAGUCCACACCAAACCUGAAGCGAUAAUGGAUCUCACUAAUGGAGACGUGACCUGCGACUCUUAUCAUCUUUGGGAGAGAGACAUAGAGAUGGCAACGGAACUUGGUCUACAUUUCUACCGUUUCUCUCUGUCUUGGCCAAGGCUUAUGCCUACGGGUUUUAGUAAUAAGAUCAGCGAAGACGGCCAGAAGUACUACAACAACCUGAUUGAUGGGCUUUUGGAUAAGGGGAUUGAACCUCUUGUUACCAUUUUUCAUUGGGAUUUACCCCAGAGCUUGCAGGAUCUUGGUGGCUGGAUGAAUCCGCUGAUAGUCGACUGGUUUGAGGACUACGCCAGGGUCGUGUUCUCUCUGUUCGCGGAUAGAGUUAAAACCUGGGUCUCUAUAAACGAGCCUGUAUCGAUUUGCGACUAUGUUUAUAACACUGGCGGAAUGGCUCCUCCUAUUUUAGAGCCUCACGUGGCCCCUUAUGUGUGUACUAAGCAUGUUUUGCUGGCUCACGCCAAAGCUUGGAGGAUUUAUGACGAGGAAUUCAGGCCAAUGUAUAACGGUGAAAUCACGUUGGCCAUUCCACUGAUCUGGUACGAAGCAUUAUCUGCUGAGCAUGAAGAACUUGCUGAAUUGCUAAGAGAAAAUAUAGUAAGUGGCUGGAUGAAUCCGCUGAUAGUCGACUGGUUUGAGGACUACGCUAGGGUCGUGUUCUCUCUGUUCGCGGAUAGAGUUAAAACUUGGGUCACAAUAAACGAGCCUGUAUCGAUUUGCGACUAUGUUUAUAACACUGGCGGAAUGGCUCCUCCUAUUUUAGAGCCUCACGUGGCCCCUUAUGUGUGUACUAAGCAUGUUUUGCUAGCUCACGCCAAAGCUUGGAGGAUUUAUGACGAGGAAUUCAGGCCAAUGUAUAACGGUGAAAUCACGUUGGCCAUUCCCCUGAUCUGGUACGAAGCAUUAUCUGCUGAGCAUGAAGAACUUGCUGAAUUGCUAAGAGAAAAUAUAGCCGGUCGGUAUAGUCACCCAGUCUACUCAAAGGAGGGAGGUUGGCCACCGUCUCUGGAGAAGCAUCUGGAAGAGGUCGGCAGACGCAAGGGAUUCAACAAAUCGGUCCUCCCGCCUUUCACGAAAGAGGAAAUAGAUUUGAUUAGAGGUACAUACGACUACUACGGAAUGAAUUUCUACACGAGUCGUCUGGUGCGGAAGGCGAGGCCCGGCGAAUCUAUCGGAGCCUGGCCACUGAGCGGUGCCCCUGAUUUUGACGCAGCCUUCGAGAAAGAUCCAAGCUGGGUCGCCGGCUAUUCUAGCUGGUUCUAUGUAACCCCUGAAUAUUUCCGACCUCAAAUUAUGUGGUUGAAAGAAAAAUACGGGGACCUGAAGUUCUUGAUCACUGAAAACGGUAUUUCGACUGGACCAGGAUUGGAUGACAGAAUGAGGGUCGAGUAUUAUAGGGAUCAUUUAAAAGAGUUACUUCUAGCCAUCCACGAGGACGGCGUCAACGUGGUGGGGUUCACAGCGUGGACUCUGAUGGACAACUUCGAGUGGAACGAUGGUCUCGGAUCCAAAUUCGGAUUAUACGAAGUGAACUUCACCUCCCCGGAGCGCACGCGGACGCCACGUGCUUCAGCGCACUACUAUAAGAGCAUCAUCGACACACAUUCAAUCCCAAAGACUAUUUAUGAAAACUAAUAGCUGUAUCGGAUAUUUUGGUGUAAAUAAAUAAAUAGAAUAG